AGGAGCGGUUCUGUAUCGCGAGGUUCCGUGAGCUAAAGCGCUACAGUCCGAUACGUCGGGCUUUUCCAGUGGAAGGGCUUCACGCCAUAGCGGGUGCUGCCAGGCUCGAUACCAUAGCUGCUGGAAACGUGUAGCACAUGAAUGUGAUGGCCAAGGGUGACGCGUGUCAUGGCUGUUCAAGCAGGCCACGACGCCUUCACCGAUGCGGUGAGCUCUGUAAAUGGGCGCAAAAUGUCCACGGCCUCGCAGCGGAUUCCACGCGCGGCGAAUUCGCGGACGAGCAAUGGCCACACCGGCUGCGCGGCCACGCCCACUACUUACGUGUAGGCGUGGCCUGGAGUCGCGAGGGUGCGAAGUUAGGUGUCGUUGUGGUGCUGGGACAUCCUUCGCGGUCGGCUGCUUGUCAGCUAACGUGACCUUCAGCCACCGUGGAGGGUACUGAUGAAGGAAACUUCGUCGCCAUCUUGCAACACGUAGCUCGUCUCGCCGUCCAGCUCCCAGUCUACAUCGUUAAUCAGCACCAGGAUGCCAGGCCGAACGCCGU